AUGGCUACUCUCAAAUCCGGGGAAGAGCGAUUGCGGGAUCGAAAGCCCAUCAAGCCUCCUACUCCAGCGUACCUCUCGACAGCUGGUUCGCCGUUAUCUGUAGAUCGGGAGCUGUACUCGGCGAUUCAGCAGGGGCCGAGAACUCUGGUUGAGUCUUUCACUCUACCGAUCCGGUCGGGUCGUGCUUGGAAGGCACCAGCUAAGAGUAUUGUGCGCAUCAGUACGCCUGAAGGAGCUCAAGUUGGGGAUCUCAAUGUCUGGAAUGCACACAAUCCUCGUGAAAGGUUUUGGGCUUCUCGCACGAAGCAACUCCACUCAUCGCAUGUAUCGACAUAUGACCGGCUGUGGUCAUGUCUGCCAUACAUGCGGCCCCUGGUCACCAUUAUAGCUGAUUCCCUUUCGUGGUAUGGUGUUGAUGAGACUGGGGGUCGAGUCCAUGAUCUCCUAGGUACCAGGUGUGAUCCAUAUAUCAACGUCUUGCUGUCAGGACCGGAGGCGUCUUAUGACUACCACUGUCAUUCGAAUUUGACCCGGGCUGUUAUACCGUUCGGGUUGAAUGAAUCUGAUGUUCACGACGUCAUCAACUUAUUUCAGAUUACUGGCUUGGAUUCCAAAGGCAGAUAUUUCAUGAAUGCAUGUCCAGCAGAAGGGGGUGAUUUCAUCGAGUUCUUCGCUGAGCAGGAUGUGCUCAUGGCAUUGUCGACAUGUCCGGGAGGUGACUUGUCUUUAUGGGGAUUCGGGAGCGAUAGCGAAAAAGAUAUGAUUAAAUGUUGCCGGCCGCUCAAGGUUGAAGUUUUUAAACUUGAGGACGAGGAGAAAAUCUUGGCCCAGAAAUGGAGUGGUGCGGAAAGGCCGGAUUAUAAAGGGAGGCAUGGGCUGGUAGUCCCUGAAGGUGAGAAACGCUCAUAG